GGCUCAGGGGAUACCAGACGAGGUGCUGAUGAACACCGCUCUGAUUAAAGAUCUGGCAGAUGUGGCAAAAGAUGCAGCGCUACUGCAGGGCGUCUUAAUGAGGGCACAAGAGCAGCCCAACUCAUCAGAGUUGGUCAGCUACGCUCCAUUCACGCUCUUCCCCACACCGGUGCCCAAAGCCGUGUUCCUCCAGGCUCUGGCUGUGCAGACUCACUACAACACACUAGUAGAUAGGAUCAGCCAGGACUCAGAGUUCCUGCAGGAGGCUUUAGCAAGCACCAUUGAAGUGGAUGAUUUCACUGCGAGGUUGUUCAGGAUCCACCAACAGAUACUGAAAGAAGGGAGGUCUCAGUCUAUAGUUUUGGGUCUCAACCGGUCUGACUUCAUGCUGGACCAGAAAGACGGUCAGGCAGCAUCUUUAAAGCAGAUCGAGAUUAACACCAUCGCUGCGAGUUUUGGAGGCCUUUCGUCACAAACUCCAGAUCUACACAGACUUGUCCUUAAAGUCGCCGGCAGGCUGGAGGAGAGUCGGAGAAUCCUCAACAACAAUCCUGCAGCUGGUCUGGCCGGAGGAAUCGCUAAAGCCUGGGAGCUCUAUGGAUCAGAGAGAGCUGUCAUCAUGUUCUUGGUGGAGGAGAAUCAGAGGAACAUCUUUGACCACCGAUACGUAGAGAAUGAACUGUGGAAGAGAAACAUUCGCACCAUAAGACGGCGGUUUGAAGAUGUCUCUAAAACGGGAACCCUUGAUGACAACAAGAAUCUGUUUGUCGAUGGCCAAGAGGUCGCAGUGGUUUACUUCAGAAACGGUUACAUGCCUCAGAACUACAUGUCCGAACAGAGCUGGGACACUCGUCUUCUGAUGGAGCGCUCCCGGGCUGUGAAAUGUCCAGACAUCAGCACCCACCUGGCCGGAACCAAGAAGGUCCAGCAGGUUCUCGCCAGACCUGGAGUUCUGGAGAGGUUCUUCCCCGGCCAGCCUCAGGUGGUGGAGCAGAUCAGAGCGACGUUUGCCGGCCUCUACACUCUGGACAUGGGUCCAGAAGGAGACACGACAGUAGAAAUGGCUUUGGCAGAACCAGACAAGUUCGUCCUGAAGCCCCAGCGAGAAGGAGGAGGAAACAACAUCUACGGAUCGGAGAUCUGCCAGGUUCUGGAGGGAAUGAAGGACAGUACGGAGCGGAUGGCCUACAUUCUGAUGGAUAAGAUUCACCCCCGACCGGUCCAGAACUACCUGCUGAGACAAGACGCUCCCCUCAAAGUCAGCAACUGUCUCAGCGAACUGGGAGUGUUUGGAGCUUAUGUUAGACAGGGUAAAGAAAUGGUGAUGAACGAGUGUGUCGGUCAUCUGCUGCGGACCAAAAGCUCCGAACACUCAGACGGAGGCGUUGCAGCCGGAGUCGCUGUGCUGGACAACCCUCUGCUGAUCUGAGAGUUCACACAACAGACGACGAGCUGCACUUAAACCGACACUUUGACUGCAGCAGCAUGGAAAAAAGACGCUGAGCUAAUAAGAGUUGGACAGAAAUACGAGCUGUGGAGGUUCACUUUGUUGCUCACAACCUCAGAAAUUAAGUUGUUAUUCUCAAAUGUAGCUAUAUUUUUGUAUAUAUUACCAUUAUCAGAUGCUUGAGGAACUUCUUAAUCAGUUUUUGACAUUAUAAUGAUUCCAUUCAGCUCUCAAAUGCACAGGAAGUGAUUAAAACACAUUUUAACAAGCUUCGUUGUAACUUUCAGUCAAUGCUGAAGCCUUAAUUUACAAAGUGUUGAUUUUUUUUUUUUAAUUUUUGUGCAUUUUAAAUAGAUUAUCUAAAGAUAUGUAAAUAAAAUGCCACAGCAUGACGUUAUAGUUUGCAAACUGGGACUAGAUCGCCAUCUUGUGACAUUAAUUUGUUGCUGCAACAUGUGAAAUUUUUUUUUUUUUUUUAGAAGUUUUUAAACACAUUUCAGUAAAAUUCAACACAGCUGAAGGAUUUACUCAAAAACUGAGAAUGAUUUAUUGGAGAUACUGUAGUUAUCUGAAGCUUUUGAUUACAUGUUAUUAGAUAAAUGCAUCUAAUCCUGCUAUGUGUUUUCAAUUACACGACUUUAUUUUGGUUGUGGGAGUAGUAGUACACAGCUGGUACUGCAUUUGUGAAGGUUUUUUGUAUGUAAAGCAAUCAACAAAAAAGUUUCAAGAAGAAUCAUUUUACUGCUCAAGAGAAAAAUGGAAAAAGUGCCUUUAAACUGCAUCGACAUGUUCGUUUUUCUAUCACUCGUCCUGUGCUGAGUCCUGUAUAUUUUUAUGAAUGAAUGAGAAAACUAACUAAACAGUUUUUUUUAACGUGUAGAUUCCACAUUUAACUGUAAAUUAUUUAAACACUGGAAUGCAUUAACACAAUCAGGCAGUAAAAUGACUCCAGAUGUUUUAAAUUCUUUCUCCACAUGGGGAUAAAAGAUGUAUAUAUAUAUACUCAUAAAAAUGAUGAUACCAGGCGGCUCUGAAAGUGAAUCUAUCUGUUAAUGAAGAAAUCACUCGUUUGUCUUUGUGUUAUUGGCUUUUCUCAACAAUCAUUCAACAGAUAAAAGUGCUUUAAUCUGAAGAAAAAACACUCACCUGUUCCCAUUAGACUGGACUAAGUUGUGAAAGACGUCUAAUGUGUAACAUGGAGAAGGUGUGGAGUUUAAAUCACCAUAAAGUAACACGAUUAAUGCCAUUAACGUUUUAAAGGUUUUAGAGCUGCUUUUUCUUCCUGACUGCAUUAAAUUUACUACGCUGCCAUUCUGAGAUGCAUUUAGGGGUUAACGGUGUGAUUCUGUAGUAACUUCAGCUUCUCAUGAUGAAGAAUUAAGAACCAAAUGUCCAACUGUGGGCCAAAACAUGAGGUGUGAUACGUGCAAUCAAAAAAUAAACGAGACAUCUGUAAAGCUGGA